CUUUAUUCCGCUCUAAGCAAUGCAUCCGAAAUGGCUACUUGUAAGUCUUAACCUUAUACUUUCCUACAUUUGUGGACGUCAUAGAACUACCUCUAUCCCUGAUCUUUCCUUAGGGCUCCAAGCAUCGCGGUCUAAAGUAUAUUCUAAUUGCAUUUCUUUUAAUCUUUAAUAAUGCUGGUCUCCCUUCUCGAAUCUCUUCGCUUUCUCUUUCUGACAUUUGCUUCCUAUUAAUCAUGGCCGGGGUUUUUUGCGCCGUGAGGCGCCUCUUACUUCAUGUAUACAGAACUCUUCUCAAUAGGUACGUAGAUGCAAUUCUGGAUAAUCCCUAUGCUUUGGCCUCAAGAAUACUAAUAUGUGUGCAGACAUUCUUUCUUUGGAUUGCUUAGACAUAUUUUAAUCAACAUGACAUUUAUUCUUAUGUGGAUAACGACUUUCAAGAAUGGUAAAUUUUGAUGUACACUCCAUCAUAUACAAGCUCCAGGCUAACUCUCUCUUUCAAAGCAUGGCGAAUCGACUCCUCAAUCCGGCCACUGAUUGAUGUCAAUUAUCUCGAAUUAUUAGAUAGGAGAGUUUUUGGAUUUUCCAUGUUUGGCCUCGCAUCACAAUUUACCUGUUCGGUCAUCGGAAUAUCGUGGAUGUAUGCACUCACUCGAAAAAAGAUAUCGAUACUAGCUGGACUACCUCCUCUUCUCCUCAACAUUCUCUACUCCCUCUCCCAUAACCUCUCUGAACCCCUCGAUGUUUUCGCUUGGCUGUCAUACGGUGUUAUUCAUUUCAUCUCCCCUUUCUUCGCCGCAUUCUGGCUCUGGCUAUUUGCAUCACCAGGCGUUGUAUCCAUAUUCGCCUGGUCUUUCGGAAUUCAAAACUGUCUCGGGAUAAUCACCCAUCUCUCCUUCCCAUCCGCAGCCCCCUGGUACGGCGAUCAAUACGGUUACCCCCUCCCACCCGGAAACUACAGCAUGCCCGGUUCAGCAGCCGGACUCGUACGAGUGGACAAAGUCCUGGGAACGCACAUCUACGCGAACGCAUUCAAAGCGUCACCUCUAGUCUUCGGUGCAUUUCCUUCUUUACACGGAGCAUUCAGCUGUUGCUGUUUCUUUUUCAUCGGCCGCUACUCCAAAAAAGGUACUUUCAUCCUCGGCUUCUACGUUCUAUGGCAAUGGUUCUCCACCAUGUAUCUACGACAUCAUUGGCGUAUAGAUCUUCUAGGCGGACUCGCAUAUAGCGCCUUUGCAUUUUCCCUUUUCUACCGCAGUUUGCAAAAAAUCGAUCGUGCGUAUUCCAUGGGUGUCAGUGGAGGAAAUGGAUGGCAGAGACUUUGGGAAGGUACGAAAUUACAGUAUUGGUUUGAUAGGAGACCGGCACAGUUGGGUUAUGAGGUGUUGAUGGAAGAUGAGGAGUAUAACAAAGAAGCGCGGAUGGAGCUGAAUGAAAUAGGAAGUCCCGGGUUACAAGGGGAGUUGGAGGGUGCGUGGGUGAGGGAUGAGGGGCUUACGUGGACGGUUAAGGAUAUGGAUAGGAGGUUGAGGUAGUGCGGUGCGGAAUGGAACGGCACGGAAUGGAUUGGAUGGGAUGGGAUGGAAUGAUAUUUCGCGAAGUAUAUUUUUGAAAACUAUGUAGGAUGAAGUAGAAAAGAGGGAGGUAGUAUUCUUUCGCUUGCUUGGAUAGACUGGGAAGUUGGAUGAAUUGCAUUUCGGAUUUUUUCGAAAUUUUCAGUCGAAUUUUCAAAGGGCGUUGUGGUUGGAUUGGGAUGGAUGGUGGGACUUUGGAUUACUUAUCUUCUAUGUACCUACCUACUUGUUUAUUUAUUAAGGUUUUAGAUAUAAGAUGGAUGAAUGAAU